CCUGCGCCCUCCUCCACACGCCGCUCACCCCAGUGUAACUCGACUGGCGUACGCCCAAACGCCAAGCACGCCUGUUUCCAACUUGAAUCCAAUUAACUCGUUGCACCUCCACACUCCUUCGCCACUUGUUGUUCUGUUCUCGUCGCUCUCUCUACAUACGUACACCUACGACCCUUUUCCUGCCUACGCUUCAAUUCAUCGCCGAAGACCCUUUCCUUGCCUUUCUGCCCUCCCUCGCUCACAUCCCAAUUGCUUUCAUCAUGAAGUUACGACAGCCAGGGCCGCAGAUCUUGCUGCUUCUCUUGCCCGCUCUACAAGUCCUCGCUACACCCGGCCCAGUUGACACCACCGCCGACAAACGACUCGCGCGAGCAGCCGCACCUGCUUCCCCCGACGCUACCCUUCUCGCCGAACCCCCUCUUGCAUCCCCGACAGUCGCAAAAGGCACCAAAGAUGCACCCGUCGACGGCUACGAUGGCUUGCCUCACCACGGCCCAUAUGUUGCCGACGUACCUAAGGCUCAUGGCAAAGCUCCGAAUGUCGUAGAGGACCUAGGGGUGGCAAAGAAGCCAGCAGCCUCCUCCAGCACCGUUCUGAUCGACGAUGUGCUCGAUGGCGACAAGAGCGUCAUGCAAGAUCCCACACGGAAACUGGCUACAGGCAGCAAAGGCACCGAGGGUGGAGUUUCUGCAAAAGACAAGGAGCGAUUAGCGCAUGAAGAAAAGACGGGCUCGAAGAUGGAACAGGUCCCGGAAUCGCCCAAAGAGGCGCCUCCUCACCCUCACGACCAGAAGCAAUUGAAGGGAGACGCAGGAGAUGCAGCAACUCCUUCGCGCGUACUCGGUGCAGGCGGGUUGGAGAAACCCACCGACCUUCCCGAAUCUCCUCAUGACAACCCCCUCCCUGUUCCAAACUCGGUUUCCAGCAAAGAUCCUUUGGACACUUCUUCAUCAUCCAAGACACCCUCUUUGACGCCCGGUGGGGAUGCCGACGCCGGCGUUGUACAGCCCUUCCACUCCUUGAUCCUUGCCUUUACCAUGAUUAUAUUUUCGGAAAUUGGUGACAAGACGUUCCUUGUAGCCGCUCUCAUGGCCAUGCGACACCCACGGCUACUCGUCUUCUCUGCUGCCUUCUCUGCUCUGGUAGUCAUGACAGUGCUUUCUGCCGUUAUGGGCCAUGCCGUCCCUGCACUCCUGUCUGAACGCUUCACGCAUUUUGCCGCCGCCGCUCUCUUCCUCGUCUUUGGUGUAAGGCUCAUUAAGGAAGGUCUCGCUAUGAGCCCGGAUGAAGGUGUUGGAGAAGAGAUGCGAGAGGUGGAGCAGGAAUUGGAAGAAAAGGAGCAGCUUGCGCGACACCAGGGCCGCCGAAAGGCUUCUGUCUCCCCAUAUGCUUUGGAGUCUGGCCGUGGCGUCCGACGCUCACGAUCGAAUUCGCGACUACCUGCACCUGCUCGAAGCCCGUCUAGCUCACCCGACCGCAUGCCAUCUCCACGCGGAGGCUCAAUGUCCAGCACAAUGGGCGCUGUCAAUAACCUAUUUUCUUUGCUCCUAAGUCCCGCUUGGGUUCAGACGUUUGUCAUGACAUUCCUUGGAGAAUGGGGCGACCGCAGUCAGAUUGCCACAGUUGCCAUGGCUGCUGGUUCAGACUAUUGGUAUGUCACUGCUGGUGCCGUGGUAGGCCAUGGCCUGUGUACUGCAGGUGCAGUCAUCGGCGGCCGUGCCAUCGCUGGCCGGAUUAGUAUGCGCAAUGUGACUCUUGGUGGCGCGAUUGCCUUCCUCAUUUUUGGUGUCAUCUACCUUUUCGAAGCUUUUUACCUCUCUUAGAGGAUACGAUCAAUCAAUAGCAUUACCGGGCGUGUUUGGGUGGAAAGAAUCACGAACUUGGGCUCGAAUACCGUGGUUUUUCACAUGUGUGGUUUUACUUCUAAGUAUUUUUAAUUUUACCUGCUAUUUGUCCAUGCACGACUAUAAACUCUUCAAGAUUUGUCCGGAUGGGGGUAUCUAGGGGAUUCCAGUAAUGAAGCCUACAAAAUAUGAUCUACUAUCUACUAAGUUGCA